GAUGCACUGGUGUCUGGAGCAGAUGUCUUGAUAACUGGAGGUGCCCACAAGCGCAUUCAUGGCCUUAAAGGGUACAUCCUUCCCUCCUCGGAGGAGAACAGCACAACGGUGAACGUGCGGCUGUACCAAGGACAUGCGACACUUCAGUCGAAGAUCUCGUGUGUGCAUCGCUCGAAUGUCGCUGUCAGUGGACCUGGACCGCCGGUCGAAGACGACGGUUUGCACCCGUCGCUUCGCUGGCGUCUACGACCGCCUCCUCUUACAGUCUUUUCAGCUCGCUUCGUUUUGGGAUGGCAAAGUUUGGCCACGAUGGUUCCCAUGAAGCCGGACAAGAGGCCACAGCAGGGUACUCCAGGCCAGUGCCAGAGGCGAUCCCCCACUUUCGAGGCUGCAGAGGGAGCUCCUGUCGCGACUGCCUUUGGAAAAGAGAAGCACCACGAAGGCCGCGAGAAGUCCCCGACACAGCACGAAAACGAAGACGAGCUCGCUCUCCCAGUACGGAGUCUCGGGGACGAGCAGGAGGAGAUGGUGGAAGUGGAAAUUGAGGACGACGAGAGGUCGGGUACAAGCCGCCAGCACGAGGCAGAGGAUGACACGGCCCACCGGGCCCAAGCUCAGCAGGAUGCUGAGGACACUCCGAAGAGCCAUCGACCUCGGCAGAUGUACAAGAGGGACUGUGCUGAUAGACUGCCUCGGCGGUCAACGGCCCUCAUGACGGGGUACCCAGGCCGUGGCAGCUAUGCACUGAUGAUCCCCGACGACAGGUCUCGCGCAGCCACCUCUAACCGCGACUUCGAUACCGGUCUGCCUCCUCCACUGGCAGCAGGCAACGGAGUGUUAGACCUUGAAUCGAACCAAGUCAGUGUGACAUGUCCGAACCGAGCACAGGGCUGGGUGGACUGCUACCAAGUGGACACUUGCAUCGCAGGUCUAAGCCCUUACAACUAUGCUGUAGGUGCUGAACUGGAUGAGCCGUGUGCCCCUGCACCCCCGCACAUCUCUACGGAUACGACCGGGAAGCUGCCCAAGGCGGCCAUUUUAGACAUGACGUCCAACAUUCGGGACGACAUGGGUCUGGACGAUCAGGAACAGCUCUUCUUCCGGCACAUGGGGCCUCUAUCCGGAGUUCGUCAAGACCCCAACCGAGCGGAAUCCAGCAACCCUCCACAGAACUCGGGAGCUGCCAAGAGGCCCAUCCCUGGCUCAGGGCAUCUAUCCCUCGGCCCGAAUGUGGGCAUACAGCAAUGGCUCCAACGAGGGCUCAGAAAUGCCGGCACCGUGGUCUGCAGACAGACAGAAAUGGUCCUCCGCCAAGAGCAGACACUGUCUGCUCUCAGACAAGACUUGAUGCUGUACUUGUUCGUCCGGAGCGGCGAGCAGGGCAUGAUCCCCAUCUUGUGCCAGGCGGCCGACAAGUGGAGACAGCUCAAGGAGGAGACACCGGAAAAACUGGGAUAUUCUCUCAAACUCGCGAUGUUCAAGCAGUUGAUGAUCACCUUGCAGGAAAGGCUUACCGAGACGUCGAAGAACCCGCAGGCAAUGGAUCACGCCAAGUCCCUGAACUGGGUCGACACAGAGGGAUGCUGGAGGAUUCUCAAAUGGAAUGGGACCAAGCAGAAUCUGGAGAUCGACACUACGGUUCAGUCGACCUCCACCGAGAAUCUCCUGAGCCAGAUCGUGCAAGUCCGCAAGGCCAUCAACGAGACCUCGCUUAUCCGGUUCAAAUCCAUUCGAAGGCUGACGGAGGGAGUACAGACGGAGUGGGUGACCUUUCAGAUCUUCGUGUCUCUUCGUCCGGAGGGCUCGCCAAUCUGGAGUUCUCUGACAUCGUGGAUCGGACAAGCUGCAUUCCACGUGAUCGGAUGCAGAUUGAGGCGCGACCGGCCACAAUACGAUGCAUUGGCGGCCAGCCUCUGGGGAUGA